CAACCCCAUUUUCACUCGCGUACUCAACUCGUACGCACACACAACUCAGUCUCUGCUGGUGGUGUUUUUGGGAACGGUGGUUCGCGAAUAUAAUUUCUUGAGCCAUGUAACAGUCUAUUGCUUGCUUACUCUGUCUGCUUAAUGGUUCUGGUAAUAUUUCUGGACAUCUGUCCUAAUUUUAUAACUUCCAUCCUCCUCAUCACUUGGACGAGUUCACCGCUUCUGACAAUAUGGUUUUCUCACCUUCUAGCAGUGUUUCAGCCACUCUGAGCCCGCUCCGAAAGUUUUCGGGUAUUAUGCGCAAGUCCUCCUCUACACCUCCUGCUUCGCCAUCAUCGCCAGCUCCAGGAUCUCCAAGCUGGUGUCUUUGGCUUGUAGCUGCCCUUCAAGGCCAUGAAAUUAACAGCGAAGAACGACGAAGAAUUGCCGAUGAUAUUGAACGAAUGAACGAAGUUGAGCAAGAUAACUUCGUCGAGUUUCUUGAGACAGGAGUAGCUCCAUCGACAUUGGAAAACAACGCUUGUAAGCAAUUUGUCUGCAAUACUACUGAUCUUUGCAAUGCACUAGUCUGUAGGGAACCCCAGGAUCUCAUAAAUUUAUGGGAAAAGGUCUAUCACCAGAUUCUACCUCUUCUUCAAAGCGUACUCUAUCCCAUACAGCGACGCCGACCUGAAUUCGAUAUUCGUCGCACAAUUCUUACGAUAUUCCGUGACAAAGUACUUAGCAAGGUGCUGCGCGAUGUCCAUGAACGGAUUCCGGUACUGGAGCCGAUGCUGUUUACCGUCCUUCUUGAGACAGAAAACACUUCCGAAGAGUCAAAGAAUUUUGCCAUUCUGGCCAAUCGGGUGAUGGGCAAAGGGGAACAACCCGCACAACCUGCGUCCCGAAUCCGUUCCCGAACUCUACCUAACAAACCGAUCAAAAGAGUGUCGUGGGACGAUCUGAGAAAAUCUGCAACGUUCAGCGCAUAAACUUUUUAUUGAUUAGAGAUGAUAACAUGUCCGCGACCUUGCGGACGAGUUUCCGUGUUUUUGCGAUGUUGACAUUGUACCUCUUCGUACAUCCAUUGUGGCGUACAUUGAUUCUCAGCUACGCCCGGUGCAAUACAGGUGUUAGUGUAUGUGUAUAAGGAAA